UGCGCAGUGUAGCGCUGUCUCACGAUCCUCCAAUUAAAGAUGUCGUUUGCCGGGAGAACUUUGACUGUUCUUGGCCGAUCUGCCAUCCGUACGCGAUGUACUGCUUUGCAACGUUACCGUGGAGACUUUUCGAAUGCACCAGGAGAGAACAUGCCUUUCCAAACAAAGAACAAGCCAAGGCUUCUGGCCACCAUGAUCCUCUAUCUAGGAACAUGCUUUACUCUUCCUUUCAUCUGUGUGAGAUUCCAAAUGGCCAAGCAGAGAGGUGAUUGAUGUUCAAGUACAAAGCAAAGACCUGGAAUUUGAGUGAAUGUCUGUUGGCUUUAUUGAGUGUGAACCUUUUGCUUGUUAUAACAAUUUCUUUUCAAUGUUGUAAUAGUGUAAACUCUUAAUUAUUCACCGAUAGUGGUUUUUACAGGCUGUAUGCUUCUGUAAAUUAUCAUUAAAAAGAUGUAACUUGAAUUGAAUAAACAGGUUGCUUUGGAGUUGA